CUUUUUUUGACAACGGGAAAGCUCCACUCCAGUGCCGCCACACGUCGACAUCGCAUAUCCAUCGUCAAUCACUGUCGCGCUUUCGGUACAGUGGGCUGUUUUUGUCUCGGGUGCAAAUAAUUUCCAAUAACGAAGUCAACACUCCGGUCGAACCGCAUCGUCAAUAUCCGCAACCACAACAUCGCAUCCUCGGUCCUGACACACCUCAGAAACAUAUCCAAUUUAUCGACAGAAUCGCCCAACAUGGCUGACGGCGGAAUCGAUCGCAAGGCCGAUGAAAAGAUUCAGUUCUCCACCUCCAAGGAGGUAACGGUUCAUCCGACUUUCGAGUCGAUGUCCUUGAAGGAGAGCCUCCUUCGCGGUAUCUACGCCUACGGAUAUGAGUCCCCCUCUGCCGUCCAGUCCCGCGCCAUCGUUCAGAUCUGCAAGGGUCGCGAUACCAUCGCCCAGGCCCAGUCCGGUACCGGUAAAACAGCCACUUUCUCGAUCUCAAUGCUUCAGGUCAUCGACACCGCCGUGCGCGAGACCCAGGCCCUCGUCCUUUCCCCGACCCGCGAACUUGCGACCCAGAUUCAGAGCGUCGUGAUGGCUUUGGGAGAUUACAUGAACGUUCAAUGCCAUGCUUGCAUUGGUGGCACCAACGUUGGAGAGGAUAUUCGCAAGCUCGACUAUGGUCAACACAUUGUCUCUGGCACUCCUGGUCGUGUUGCCGACAUGAUUCGCCGCCGUCAUCUCCGCACCAGACACAUCAAGAUGCUGGUUCUCGAUGAAGCCGAUGAGCUCCUCAACCAGGGUUUCCGCGAGCAGAUCUACGAUGUGUACCGCUAUCUUCCGCCUGCCACACAAGUCGUUGUCGUCUCUGCCACCCUCCCUUAUGAUGUGCUCGACAUGACCACCAAGUUCAUGACCGACCCUGUUCGUAUCCUGGUCAAGCGUGACGAGUUGACCCUCGAGGGUCUGAAGCAGUACUUCAUUGCUGUGGAGAAGGAGGACUGGAAGUUCGAUACUCUUUGCGAUCUCUACGACACUUUAACUAUUACACAAGCCGUUAUUUUCUGCAACACCCGCCGGAAGGUCGACUGGUUGACCGACAAGAUGCGCGAAGCCAACUUCACUGUCAGCAGCAUGCACGGCGAUAUGCCUCAGAAGGAGAGAGACAGCAUUAUGCAGGACUUUAGACAGGGCAAUAGCAGAGUGCUUAUCUCGACCGAUGUGUGGGCCCGCGGUAUCGAUGUUCAGCAGGUCAGCUUGGUUAUCAACUAUGAUCUUCCCAGCAACCGUGAAAACUACAUUCAUCGGAUCGGUCGUUCGGGUAGAUUCGGUCGCAAGGGUGUUGCCAUCAACUUCGUUACUAGCGAGGAUGUCCGCAUCUUGCGUGAUAUCGAGUUGUACUACUCGACCCAGAUUGAUGAGAUGCCCAUGAACGUUGCCGACCUUAUCUCCUAAGAGGCUAGCGUGGGGUGUUUCAGGUGCACAUUAGGUCAAAAUUCAAAGGGACAGGUCGCGUCCGUCAUCGAUUUGGUCACAAAAGGUGGCUUCAAGAGGACAGAAUUCAAGUGGGAGGAAAGGGGUAUGUCGGCCUUGAGGACGCCUUACAGAUUGGAAAACAUAUCUAGGUGUCAAUGCUAGCAUGCGAACGAGAAAUUCACAAGACUUGGAAUAUUCCAGGUAUCACUUGAUCUCGAGAUACUAUGGCUAUGAGAUAUCA